AUGGGCUGGCUCAACCACCAGCAGUCGGUGGUGGCGGUGGUGCUCCAUGGGUGGUGGUUGGGGUGGCUUUUUAUGGAUAUUUUUCCCCCCGCCCCACCACCACCAACAUAUACAGCUCCUCGCAUUAUCAUGGAUGCUGGCCAUGGAAAUGCUAUGCACGCCCCUAACUUUCCAUUACAACUCUUAGAGAAGAGAGAUCAUCGUCAUCAUCAUCAUCAUCGUGAGGAAGCUUGCUCUACCUCAACUCAUCUCCCCGUUUCUGCACCCAAUACUUCUUCUAAUUCUUCCCCACAACACAAGAAGCCUCCGCCCAAGAGAGCUUCCACCAAGGACAGACAUACUAAGGUCGACGGCCGUGGCCGCCGGAUUCGGAUGCCAGCCACCUGUGCUGCCAGGGUUUUCCAGCUCACUAGAGAGUUGGGCCACAAAUCCGAUGGUGAAACCAUUGAGUGGCUCACUGGCACUGGAACUAUCCCGGCUAAUUUCACUUCGCUUAAUAUAUCAGCCAGGAGCUCAGGUUCAACCAUUUCUGCUGCCUCACAUUUGAGGAAUAAUAAUUACUUUAGCCAGAAUUUCGCGGCGCCCCAGUUCAGAAUUAGAGCUGAUAAUCAGUGGGAAAGAAGCGUUGAGGAUUCAUCGGAGACGGAGAGGAGGAGGCUUUUGUUUCCUGGAGUUGGGUUGGCAUCAUCUGAUCAGACUAGGAUGAAUUUUCUGAGUGGAAAUGUGAAUAUGAAUGUGAAUGCAAUGUUACAAGCUAAGCAAGAAUUACGUGACACGGGGCUUGAGAUGGCCGUGGCAGCAGCGCCGGAAGGGGAGGGGAGUAUAGGGCGGAAAAGGCGGCCGGAAGAAGAUCUGCCACCGGCAGUGCAAACCCAGAUGGCGAAUUAUAUGCUGCAGUCUAGUGCGGGGUCUAUUCCGGCGAGCCAAGGUCAGAUUCCGGCAACAACAUUUCUUAUGAAUGGCGAAUCGUUGUGGACUUUUCCUUCUGUCGGGAAUUCCGGCAUCUAUAGAGGAAGCGCAGUCUCUAGUAGUGGACUCCAUUUAAUGAAUCUUCCAGCGUCGGUGACGCUCUUGCAAGGGCAGCAACUAGCUACCGGAAAUGAAGGUGGCGGUGGGGCGGUGGUAGAUGGGCAUUUAGGCAUGCUUGCAGCUCUGAAUGCGUUUAGGUCCUCUCCAGUUGGUGGAGGGGUGGCGGCGGAAGCUCACUCAAGCGGCCAUGGCUCAGGUAGCGCUGCUGGGUGAUGAACUCAGUGUAUGAUUGGUUAAUUUCCUUGUCGAAUUUCAUCAAUUUCCUGAAUUUGGACACACAUAUAUAUAUAUAUAUAUAUAUGUAAUAUACAAGAAUGGUUUGUAGUAAUAGGUUCCAGCAGGAUGUGAUAACUCUUGAGGAAUCUUCUUCUGAUUUUCAUGAAUUUGAUUGCGUGAAUAUCGAGUUUGAUCUUUAGUCUUUUUACAUGCUGUCUAUCUAUACUACUCCAACAGCAUUUUUAGGGUUUUCAGACUUGUGUACAAAUGACAUUGACCACUUCAAAAAGUCUUCAUUUCUGGACUA